AUGGAUGCCAGUGGAGAGAAAAGUCAGUAUUCUAAUAUUUUUGACAAUUCCUAUCCUACACACAUUAACAACGACGAAGACGCCCUUGAACCAAUUUAUAUAAAUCUGUCGAAUAAUAUUGUAUCCUGGAUAGAAUCAUCCAAACGAUCCGAUUGGAAUGUGGUGGACAAUGCUCUAAGAAACGUACUAUCCAUGUUUAGGAAAAUUAAUCCGAAUAUCAUGCACGAUACAGAAAUUACGAAAAAUAUUAAAAUUCAGGAAAUAUUAAGCAUCAGUGAUAAGGUCACCAAGCAAACUUUAUUUCAUUUAGCUUUGCGGGAUGUGAAAAUAAACAUAAUUAAGAUUUUAGUGGCUUUGGGCGCUGACGUUAAUCAACCCGAUAAAGAAAAUUUAAGACCCUUACAUUAUGCCGCAAUUCAUUGUAAAGAUGACAUAAUCAAACUCUUGUUAUCCAAAAACGCUGAUGCUACAAUAAAAGGAGGGCCAUUACAAAGACUUCCUUUGCAUUUCGCUUGCUGUAGAAAUAUUGGUGCUCAGACUUUAGUAAACUCUUUAGUAAAAGUUUCCGGCCAAAGUUGUAGAAUCGAACCAGACUUAGAAGAUUGCAUUCCAAUCUAUUUAGCUACUGAAUUAGGAAACAUUGUUGUAUGCAAAGAUCUUUUAUCGAUUCAAGCAAAAUCUCAAUGUAAUUAUGCCAAAAAAAACACCGGUGAUACAAUUUUGCAUUUAGCCUGCAGGAAAAGGGACGCCACAUUGAUAAAAAUAUUUUUAGACGCCGGUGCACAAAUUGAUAUGCAAAAUAGAGAGGGACAUACUCCACUUCAUAUAUCGGCAUGGGAAGGAGACCAACAAGCUAUCACCUUGUUUUACAAUUACAAAGCAAAUCCAAAUAUUUUUGACAAAUUGGAUAGAACGCCGAUUCAUAUCGCGACCGAAAGAGGUUAUACAUCAAUAGUAGAUUUUUUGAUAGACAAAUUCCAAGCCUCUUUGACAGCUAGAACCGAAGAUGGAAGUACGCUUGUACACAUAGCUUCUCUAAGUGGUCAUCCAGACACAGCUCAACUCUUUUUGAAAAAAGGUGUUCCCCUUAUGAUGCCUAACAAAAGUGGUGCAAUAUCCCUUCAUUCGGCAGCUAGAAGAGGUCAUAAUUCGAUGGUAAAAUUGUUAUUAGACAAUGGAGCUAAGGUGGAUGCGAUGACCAAUGAUAGAUAUACCUCUUUACAUAUAGCUGUUAUAUAUUGCAAACCUGAUGUUGUUUUAACUUUGUUGGGGUAUAGCGCCAAUGUAAAUAUGAAAGGAGGCCCAGAUAUGGAAACGCCUUUGCAUAUUGCUGCAAGAGUUAGUGAGGGUGAAAGGUCCGCCGACAUCUUAAUUAAAAGUGGUGCGAAUGUUAAUGCUACACAGAUAAAUGGUGAAACUGCUUUACACAUAGCUGCUAAAUUUGGUAACUCGCGCAUGAUAAAUGUCUUGAUUGCCGAAAAAGCCAACCCGUUCGCUGUAUCAAAGCAACUCGAAACCCCUCUUCAUAUCGCCGUAAGGUAUUGCUUUUUAAUGAUCGUCACACUCCUUCUUAAUUACGUAGAGAAAGAUCAUGGGAAAAAAGCAGUGACCGAUUACGUAAAUCAAGCGAAUCAUGACGGAGAGACGUCCGUUCAUUUGGCUGCUAGUCUAACCAAAAAAAACGCUCACAGUAAAUUCGAAGAAGUUGAAAUGAUGCGUAUUUUGCUCAAUUAUUCGGGAGAUUUAAAAAAAUUAUCACUCAAAUUACACGAAACACCUUUACAUUAUUGUGCCAAAGCCGGUGACGAAAGAAUUUUACAAUUGAUGUUACAAAUGGCACCUAAGGGAAAAUUGCUAAAUAUUGUAAAUCAAGAAGAUAUUAAUAGUUGGACACCCUUAUUAGUCGCAUCUGAGUCUGGAAACAUUGAAAUCGUCAAAUUGCUCCUUCAAAAUCACGCCAGAGUAGAUAUAUUUGAUGAGCAAGGAAAGGCAGCAUUGCAUUUGGCUUGCGAGAAUGGUCAUUCGGAUGUAGUCGAUGAGUUGAUGGCUAAUAAGGCUUACGUUAAUAUCAAAUCAAAAUUAGGUAUAACACCAUUACAUUUGGCCGCAUUGAACGGGUAUGAUCAAUUAUGUGCGACACUUAUUAAAAAGUAUGGCGCCAGUAUCAUGUCAUUUUCACUGAACAAAAAAACACCAUUACAUCUAGCUGCACAGGCUGGGCAAGUUGCGGUGUGCGAUGAAUUAUUAAAACUAGGAGGUAGACCUAAUUUAUUUGAUACUACUGGUCACGCACCUAUUCAUUUAGCGGCAGAAAAUAAUCAUCCUAAUGUUGUUAAACUAUUUUUGCUUAACAAGCCGAUUUUAGUAAAAUUAGCCACUCAAGCAGGAAAUACAUGUGCUCACAUAGCUGCUAUUAAAGGUAGCAUAGAUGUCAUAAGAGAAUUGAUGAAAUUUGACUUAAAAGUUGUAACCGAGUACCGAAAUAAGGAUACAUUAUCAACUCCUUUGCACUUAGCCGCUGAAGGGGGGCACAUAGCUAUAAUUAAAUUACUAAUAGAAGCUGGCGCAUCUCCCAAGGAAGAAAAUAAAGACGGUUAUACCCCUCUACAUUUAGCGGCAAAAUACGGCCGCACUCAGGUUCUCCAAACUUUAACAAGUUAUUCCCCUUCUGUAUUGAUGCUGGUGAGCUCAACGUCAGGAUUAAAUCCUCUUCACGUUGCUGCUAAAUCAGGAAACGCUGAUUUUGUAAGAGAAAUGUUGGAAAAAGUGCCUGCAACGGUCAAAUCUGAAUUAACUCCUGAAAUCGCUAAACAUAACAAAUCUGUCACCAAGGAUAAAAUCGAUUUUGGCCUAACUCCUUUGCAUUUUGCCGCUGAAUAUGGACAUGAAAAUAUAGUCCGACUUUUGCUAAAUUCCAAAGGUGUUAAAGUAGACACUCCAACUAUUUUAUACGGCUACAUCCCUCUGCAUUUUGCUGCUAUCGGUGGCCAUACCAGCGUAGCCAGUAUAUUAUUGUCAAAGUCUUCCGAUCAGCUACAUAUAAAAGAUAAAUUAGGUCGUACACCGUUGCACGUAGCAGCUUCAAAGGGUCAAAACGAGAUGAUAGCCUUACUUAUUAGCCAAGGGUCCGAUAUAGAUAUUAUUGAUUUUAACAAGUGGACACCAUUGCAUUAUGCAGCUGCUUCCGGGUUUCUCUCAGUAGCUCGUCGUUUGGUUCUAAGCAAUGCAGCUCCAAUGGCCGUUAAUAAUCAGGGAGAUAUUCCACUAGCUUUAGCUCUGGCUAACAAUCAUAUGCCCGUAUUUAGCUUUCUCGUCAAACAGGAACAUCCCGUUUUCGAAUUACUCGAUAGUAAUCAUCGCAAGUUCGUUUUCAAUAUGAUGGUCUGUGGUCGUUUGCACUCUAAUCGUAACAUAGACGAAUAUGUACUGAACUCUCCGGCCCCUUUAGAGGUGGCUUCUAUAAUGGCGGAAAGAUUUUUCGCGGCGGCUAAUCGGGAAAAAGAACGCGCUUCUGAACUUUUGGCGGCGGCCAGACAUUGCGAGACAAUGGCUUAUGAGCUGUUGUCCUUGGCUGUAGAAGUAGCACCUGGGAGUACUCAGAAUGCUACCAAUUCUAUCUUGCGAGCUUCCGAUCAUACAGGAACUUUUCAAUUUAUACAGACUUUGCUUAGAAGUGGUGAUCUUAAGACGCUUGUCUCUCAUCCCGCUGUACAAAUAUGGCUGUCACAAGUGUGGGUUGGAACGUUGAAUUCUUGGAAACCUUAUAAAUUUUUGGUAUUGUUUAUGUUAAUGUUAUUUCUUUCGCCUCUGUGGAUUGCCAUGAGUUUACCAUUUUGUCAUGGGUACAAUCGUAAUCCAAUAAUUAAAUUUCUGUGUUACUUGGUAUCUCACUUCAUAUUUACUCUACUAUUAAUAACGGAGACUGCCAUCCCUAUAUAUCCUGUAUAUAAAUCAAUUUCACUCAUACCUCAUUGGAACGAAUGGAUACUAUUAUUAUGGAUAAUAGGAAAUUUUAUACAAGAAAUAUUUGCCCGAAGCAAACCUAGAGGAAUAGGAUGGAUACGUAUAUUAGUUUUAAUAGUAUGCGCAAUGGCAAUAAUCGUUCACUUCAAUGGAGUAUUUUUUAUAGGGAGAAGUCGACUGAUUGUUUUAUACACUCGAAAUCAAUUAUUCUCAAUCGCAUUAGUCAUGACCUUGGUACAAUUUUUGGAAUUUUUAAGCUUCGAUAAUUUAUUUGGACCAUGGGCCAUAAUAAUAAGAGAUCUAAUGAAAGACAUGGCCAGAUUUUUGGUAGUCUUGCUAUUGUUCUUAGCAGGAUUUUCUUUUACCGUCACUACCAUAUAUUUACCAAUGAUGCCUUUAACCGUUAGAAAUAACACAGUAGGAGAAGAAAUUUCCGGAACUGUUCUUUUAAAUCCCUUGGAAUCAUUCGAGCUUCUUUUUUUUGCUCUUUUUGGCUUAGUUUCUCCUGAUAUGCUACCAGUAUUAAAUCAAACUCCUGGUUAUAGUGGCAUUUGGGUUAAAUUUGUAUUUGGUGUCUUCCUGAUGGUCACCUUUAUCGUUUUAAUAAAUCUUCUCAUUGCUAUGAUGAGUGAUACAUACCAAAGGAUCCAGGCGGAAUCUGAUUUAGAAUGGAAAUUUGGGAGAGCGCAAUUAAUAAUUAAUAUGGAAAGACAACCACCUGCGCCUUCUCCUAUCAAUAUUUUUACAAAAAUCUGGACAUAUAUGCGACUUUUUUCUCUAUACGGAACUAAGAUAUUCUCGCUGAAAAAAGAAGAGGUUUUGAAUGAAGAAGAAAGAUUGGAAAAUAGAGUGGCUAGUAAUAAGUCCUUACAAGCUCUAGGGGACUCGUCGUUGCAAUUAAUGACUGGCUUUAUAACCAGACAGAGAUCGAUUACAUCGGAACAAGGACUUAUUAGGAGAGAUCCCUUAAUGACUCAACCAAUUAAAGAUGUGGUGGAUUGGAAAAAAGUUGGAGAUAAGUAUUUAGAAAUGCAGGGAAUAGAAAUGGACAAUAGUUCUGAUAAAUUCAAUAUUGACGAGCCUAUUGUGAAAAAAAAUGUAAACAUUCGUAGACUCGCCCAAACUGUGGAGCUCGCUAAAGAAAUACAAUCCGCUGAAAGGCCUCAUUCAUCGGCUUCACAGACUUAA